UGGGAUUUCAAGACUGGGCUGCUGUCUGGGCCUCCAGGGCGUCUAUUCUCAGGACUACCGCCAGGUACGGACAUAGUGAGCUUGCGGUCUUCAGCAGUUCACACGUGCUGGGAUUCCGUAGGCAUUUACUUUCACUGCCGCUUUGGUUCAGCUCUUUUACGCUCAAUCCACCCUCGCUCAAUCUACGGAGGCGCGUUCUGCGAUCGUAGCAGUAUUGAGGAACUCAGCGAGGACACAAUCAAGUCGCUCAGAUUGUUGAUCCGAUGAGCGAGCCUCAGGUGUCGCCAUCUAUUCAGCAAAUGGUUGCUGAGCAGCGUGCUUCUCCUCCUUGGGCAUAUGAUGUGGAUGAUCCCUCUUGUGCCAAGCCUUUGGGAUUGCGCUUAAUAGAUAUGGAUGAUGUGCUCUUCACACAGAGCCAUGUCCACGACAGUUUUUCGCACGAAAUGAGGCCCGUGCUUGACAUGGUUAACGCAUUGUUGCGAGGCGAUGUGGAGCAGCGUGAUAUUCCUGUGGUGAGAGUUGCAUGGCGUUCUGGUGCGUUCUGGUCGAUUGACAAUCGUCGCACAUUUGUGUUUAAGCAUUGCAAAGUCGGCCGCGCUUGUCUUGAGGUUUGCGAGUGGACCCAGGAGUUUGACAUGAAAUGGAGGGGUGGCAGCGCAAUGCAUGAGCAAUCAGGAGGCGGUAAGCGUGCUGGUCUGAUACAACGCUUGAAGGAUCCAGUUGCGCUGACGCGUAUAUUCACCACCGCGCGUGGGGUGGCGCAGCUGUGGCAUUGAGCUGUUAUCACGAUGAUUAUUGGGGUGGCCCUUUUGGGCCUCUUGUUCGACUCUUGGGGGCCUUUCGGUAGCAUCCAGGUAUGUGUCGCGCUCCCACGCGGCUUUCCUGGAGGGGGAAGCGUGGAGUCUGAGAGGGUCGUGGAAUAGCAUGGGCACCAGGCGCGAUGACUGAACAGGUGUACGGAGAGGUGCCGCGUUCCUAGGCGGCAUCCCUGGAGGGGGGAGCGUGCUGGUGUGGGCUCGUAAAGUAGGGAGGGCACUGUACGCGAGGAAUGGCAGGUUCUUUGAGUGGGGCUCGUGGAAACCAUGUUAUUGGAGGGGCGGCGUGUCGAAUCGGAG